AUCCAUCCAAAUUGAAGGUGAAAGUAUUUUCCUAUCUCGUCCUGUAGCACUUUACACAGCGGUUUGUGCCCGGUUGUUUAACGCUUUGUCUAACACCCCUCCUUGGUAAUAGUCAUCAUUAUGUCGUUAUUCGGAGAGGUUCCCCAAGCCACCCCAGUGGCUGUAUUCAAGCUGUCGAAUGAUUUUAAAGAGGACGCGAACCCCAAGAAGGUGAACCUCGGAGUUGGAGCCUACAGGACAGAUGAGGGCCAGCCCUGGGUGCUGCCCGUGGUUAAGAAGGUGGAGAAGAUCAUCGUAGCGGACAACAGUCUGAACCAUGAGUACCUGGCCAUUCUGGGUCUGCCUGAGUUUAGGUCCUCUGCAUCCAAGAUCGCCCUGGGAGAAGACAGCCCUGCCAUCCAGGAGAACAGGGUGGGAGCGGUGCAGUGUCUGGGGGGUACAGGUGCUCUGAAGAUGGGGGCAGAGUUUCUCAGGCGCUGGUACAACGGGAAUGACAACACAAAAACACCUGUCUAUGUCUCAGCGCCUACCUGGGAGAACCACAACGCUGUGUUUGCCAACGCCGGGUUCGAGGACAUCCGUCCCUAUAAGUACUGGGACGCAGAGAAGCGGGGUCUGGAUCUGGACGGUUUCCUAGGCGACCUGGAGAGUGCACCAAAGCACUCCAUCUUUGUUUUGCACGCGUGCGCCCACAAUCCCACCGGCACAGACCCUACACACGUAGAGUGGAUGCAGGUGGCUGAGGUCAUGAAGAGGAGGAAGCUGUUUGUGUUCUUUGACUCAGCGUACCAGGGCUUUGCAUCAGGCUGUCUGGAUAAGGAUGCCUGGGCCGUGCGCUACUUUGUAACGCAGGGUUUCGAGAUGUUCUGUGCCCAGUCCUUCUCCAAGAACUUUGGCCUCUACAAUGAGCGUGUGGGGAACCUGACUAUUGUAGCUCGUGAUUCUGACAACCUGAAGAGAGUUCUAUCUCAGAUGGAGAAAAUUGUCAGGGUAACCUGGUCCAACCCUCCCUCCCAGGGUGCAAGGCUGGUCGCCAUCACACUCAACACACCUGAACUCUUCGCUGAAUGGAAGGAUAAUGUGAAGACCAUGGCAGACCGUGUGUUGUUGAUGAGGGCUUCACUCCAGGCUAAACUGCAGGCUCUGGAAACCCCAGGAACUUGGGACCACAUCACACAGCAGAUCGGCAUGUUCAGCUUCACUGGCCUCAACCCUAAACAAGUGGAGUACAUGAUCAAGGAGAGGAGUAUCUACCUAAUGGCCAGUGGUCGUAUCAACAUGUGUGGUCUGACCACUAAGAACAUCGACUAUGUGGCUGAGUCUAUCCACGAGACUGUUGUCAACGUCCAGUAGAAGACUACACUACCCACAACCACCAGCACUCCCUCCUGCCCCCCACCAGCUGUGUUUGUGUGUGUGUGUGUAUAAUGUAUUGGACCAAACAUACAUAAUAAGCCCCAUUCCCAACUCCCAGCACACUAGCUUAUGCUGGGCCUAUAAUGUCACUUGUUGUCUAUAGAUACAUUGUAUUUGAACACUUAAAUGAAUGCACAGGCAGCGUAAAGGCUAAAGAGAAGUGUUCAUGAUUUGUCUGUGUGUCUCUGUGUGGGUAUCAUCCCUGUGUGUCAUCACUGCUGCUUGCAGUAGAGUGUGGAGUGAUUUCAUUUGUUCUGUUUUUGUUCAGUAGUGUUGAAGUCCUGUUUACUGAUUAAGCACUGUGUGUCAGGGCAUUUUAGCUGCUGUGUGGUUCCACACUAAGCACUAGCUGGCUGUGUCUUAAUACUCUGAAAUGGCUUCCUUUCCUCAUCUCCUUCAUUACAACUGAUGUUCCUUCAACCUAUCGUGUCCAGCCAGAUCAGUGAUCAUGGAGGGAAGGACACAAGGAAAGGAGAUAUGGAAAAUAAGCUAUAUUGUUUAAACUAUUGAGACACAGCCCAAGUUUUCUGGAUGUAUUAGGACUAGCUCCCGCAGUGCUGGUGAUGGUGAUCUUCCAUUGCUUAUUAAUAUUAUUAACAUUACCUUAUGAUUAGUAUUGUUUGGGUCAUUGAAUUGCGGUGGGAUGUGGGACUGGCAUUUUGAAACAAAUGUACCUCAUUUGUAUUUAUUUUGUAUUUUUUGCAAUAGUAACGUUUUGGGCGACCUGACCAAAUUCACGUUGAAUUGUGAGUUAUAGAUUUGGAAUUCUCAUUGAAAGCAAGUCUAAGAAGCGGUAGAUCUGUUCUAUGUGCACUAUUUCUAUGCUUCCCAUUCUUAAGUUUCGUUUUUGCAUCUUUUACUUUGGGUUUUGUACACCAGCUUCAAACAGCUGAACAUAAAAUAUAUUUGGUUAUGAAAAAAAUAUUUCAAAGCGGUUUAGAUGGUACAAUGAUUCUCUACACUACACUAUACCUGCUUGUUUUGUCACAAAACUGAAAUUAGGCAAACUAUUAGAACGCUAGCAAACAGGAAAUGACGGAACGAUUUCUGCAAAUUGCACCUUUAAAUGUAUUUGGGUACUAUAAGGCACAUUCCCUUGUCUGUUUGACCUCAUAGGAGUUGUUUGUGUCCACUUGAAGGAGAACCGAAAUAUGAACUGUGACCAAGUAAUCAGUACUUGACUUGAAAGCAUACAACAAGUACUGGAGUGAAAAACAAUUAAUUGACCAAAUCAGUCAUGCACUAAAUGUACGUCGAAGAGAUGUAGCUAUGUAAUAAGGAUGCUAAUAUUGAACUUGAACUAUGGACGUUAUAUUUACAAUCAUGUUUAUUUUGGCCCAAGAUGACGAAGUGAAAAUGAUGUAUCAGUAUCAGUACUUAAACUGUGUAGCUCUCUGUUGAAUUUCACGUUCGAAGUCCUGGCUUGCAUUCAAUAGGGACAAACAGGACUGUUCUCCAUCAGAGAGCAACAAUCCCUGUUAUUUUUGUUUCAACAUUUGAAUGAAGGAUCUGCUCAAUGUGAAUGUCCAAUCAGUCUAUUCCGAAGCGGUCGCUGUCUGUAGUUAUUAUCAUUAUCAGUGUCUGACAUCUCAGUGGUAUACGUGUAUUGUUCAAAAUUGCACAAAUCAAAUGCACUAACAGAUGCUGUGAAUACCUAUGUAUCUCAAGGGGGUAUGACUCAAAUCCUUUAAUAAAUGUCUGCACACCACAAUAUAAUGCCAGUUCUUUCCAUCGGAGUGCCAGGAUGCAAAAUAUAUUUUGUUUGUGCAAGCUGUCUCU